ACUUAUUCCAACGCUGAAUGACCUGUUACUUAAACUUUACUGGGGUGGUAGUACAGAAUAAAUUGUGUUCUCAAUCAUUGUAGACGCAAUAGCUAACCACGUGUGACGUCCAUCCGUGAUUUGUGUUUCGUUUAAUUUGUAAUUUAUUUAUUUUUUUUUGUGAUUUUUACCAUGGCAACUGUUGGUGAAGAAAUCCCAUAUAGCAUAGAUUUCCGUGAAAGAGAAGAAUUUUUCCGAUACGGGGAAGAAUUAUGUUUCGCUUUAGAAAUGAUAAUACUAAAUCGGAAUGAAAAUGGAGCUACUUUAGCGGAAAUACGCGACGACUUCAAAAAAAUUUUUGAUAUUGAUUGUGAAGCCAUUUGGGGAUACAAAUGCAUGGAACAAUAUUUCAAACCAAUGUUAUGGAAUUCUGGAUUGGACAUAAAUCCGGUGACUUCGGAGCAGGGAUGUAUUCUGUAUUACAUGGACGUUGAUGCUGCGAUUAGAAAACUGUCUUCCGAUUUAACUGAGGGCAUGACACUAAUUCUUCAGGAAUUAGAUAUCGAUUUAGAUUCAUAUUUAGUUAAAUUGAAAAAAACACGGGAUAAGACCGGUUCGGGAUCACCAUCAUUUUCGACUAAUAUGAGCCAAUCGAACAGCAACAGUGCCAAAAACACUAAGCCUAAAGGAAGAAGAAACAAUCAGCCAAAAUCACCAAAGAAAUCAUCGGUUUCGCAAGAAUGUACCGUAUGCGGACAUAUACUGAUCGGUGACAAUUUCUUCCUCGAAAUGGCUCGCAUAGACUUGCAUCGACAAUAUACAAAAUCGAAACUAAAGCAAGUAGGACAAUGCAUAUCAGGACAGAGUCUUAAAAGAGCUGUGAAGAAUAUUUCGCGUGUCAUCAACACCAUUCGUCACGAUGCAGCAGUUAUCAAUCUGGGAUCGAUAGAUUUACUCCAAGGUAGAGAAGUGGUUGACAUGAUUCAAGAUAUGUUCCAGUUGUGUCAGUUGUUAUGCGAUAACGACAUUUUUCCAAUUGUCACCACCAUACCACCACUAGCAAAUCAAUUACACAAUCCAAGUCUGGAGAAUAAGCGGAAAUUGUUUAACAAUUUUCUUGAGAAGAGUUUUGAUUGUAUAAACAUUGAGGAUGUCUUCUACACGAAUCAUAAUCGCGUUAUGUUCAGUCAAUAUCAAGGUGAUGCUAGGAGAGUUGGUGGCACUACAUGUCCGUUGGUGCUUUGGAGUAAUGUUGCACGUCAACGGGUUCUUAAAAAGUUGAAGAGAAAAAUUCCACAGAUGUACAGUCAGUAAGUGUUUGUGAAUUGUAAAACGAUUGAUUAUGUAUUCACUUGCAACGCAAUUUUUGAUUUAGAUAAUUAUGUUUGGGACUAGAAAUUUUAUAUUUAUUUGCAGAAGUGAUUGUUAUAGAUUUAAGGAUUAUUUUAGAUUAAGUUCAGAGUCACAAAAAAAUGUCAUUUCUAGAAACGACCCAUUUGACUAUACUCAAAUGACUUGUUUCUAAAAAUACACCUAGCUUAAGUUGUUCAUGAAUUAGUUUUAAGGUUAGCAAUUACGAUUUGAGCUCAAGUCGUAAUAAAUUUUAUGUUUCAUGUAAAA